AUGGUACCCGGUGAUCUUGGCGGAUAUCCUCCUCAAUCACCUUAUCCACCACCUGGUUAUCCCGGACAAAGUUCACAUGGACAUGCUGUGGGAGGGUUGAUAGCAGUGGGUGCAGCUGCUGCUUACGGGGCACACCAUAUUGCACAUGGUUUGUUUGGUCGGGGAAAAUUCAAACAUGAGAAGGCGAAAUUCAAGCCUGGGAAACGCUGGAAGAAGGGGAGCAAGUUUCUCAAACCUAAGUUCAAGAAAUGGAAGCCGUAA